AUGCCUGAGCUUAGAAGAAAUCGCGCAAGGUUAGCGCGAAAUCAACAAGAAGAGAAGCAAACAGACCCUCCGGUUGCGAGAAAUCAGGGGAAGACCCGUGCUGCUAAAGAAGCGAAGAAGAGACCAAGGACAAGGUUGGAAGCGAAAAGGUUGAAACAGAAGGAAGAAGAAGGUAAUAAGAAUAGCAGUCUUAGAGUUAAGGAAGAGGAGGAGAAAAAGAAGGAAGAGGAGGGUAAACAGGUAAUUUUGAUAUCAGAGAGUGAUAAGAAAGGGAAGAAUUUGGUAGUUCAUAUCGAAGAAGAAGAGAAAGCUGAAAGAGUGAAAGUUGCAAUGGCUGAUGAUAGCGGAGGUUUAAGUGCUAAUAAAGCUGGCGGGCAAGAAGAGGAGGGAAGUACUGCUCCUUUCCCUGAUAAGGUUCAAGUGGGAGGGUCACCUUUAUAUAAGAUAGAAAGGAAGUUGGGGAAAGGUGGUUUUGGUCAGGUGUUCGUUGGUCGUCGUGCUAAUGGUGGAAAUGAACGCGCGACAGGUUCUGGGGCCUUGGAGGUGGCUUUGAAAUUUGAGCACAGAAACAGCAAAGGCUGUAAUUAUGGGCCCCCGUAUGAAUGGCAAGUUUACAACACGCUCGGUGGCAGUCAUGGAGUGCCGAGGGUGCACUAUAAAGGAAGGCAAGGAGAUUAUUAUGUAAUGGUUAUGGACAUGUUGGGCCCUAGUCUCUGGGAUGUAUGGAAUUCUUCUGGGCAGGCGAUGUCCUCGGAAAUGGUAGCUUGUAUUGCAGCCGAGUCUCUUUCAAUUUUAGAGAAGAUGCACUCAAGAGGCUACGUGCAUGGAGAUGUAAAGCCUGAAAACUUUUUACUUGGUCAGCCAGCUACAGCUCAAGAGAAGAAGUUAUUUCUUGUUGACCUUGGAUUAGCAACAAAGUGGAAAGACAGCGGUACUGGACAGCAUGUUGAAUACGAUCAGCGCCCUGAUAUGUUUAGGGGAACUGUUCGAUAUGCUAGUGUUCAUGCGCAUUUAGGAAGAACUGCCAGUAGGCGAGAUGAUCUUGAAUCUCUUGCUUAUACGCUCAUCUUCCUUCACAAAGGAAGAUUGCCAUGGCAAGGCUAUCAGGGUGACAACAAAUCCUUCUUGGUUUGCAAAAAGAAAAUGGCAACGUCUCCAGAGAUCCUGUGCUGCUUCUGUCCUCCUGCUCUUAGACAGUUUCUUGAAAUCGUGGUGAAUAUGAAAUUUGACGAGGAGCCCAACUAUUCCAAAUUAAUCUCUUUGUUUGAGAGCUUGAUAGGACCAAAUCCAGCUAUCAGGCCAAUAAACACUGAUGGUGCUCAAAAGAUCAUUUGUCAAGUUGGUCAAAAACGUGGUAGGCUGAAUAUUGAGGAAGAAGAUGAUGGGCAACCUAAGAAGAAGGUCCGUCUUGGAGUCCCUGCUACGCAAUGGAUUUCUAUUUACAAUGCUAAGCCACCAAUGAAACAGAGGUACCAUUAUAAUGUCGCUGAUGCAAGGUUGGGUCAACACGUGGAGAGAGGAAUUGCCGAUGGUUUGCUUAUAAGUUGUGUGGCAUCUUCUUCCAAUCUUUGGGCAUUAAUCAUGGAUGCUGGAACUAAUUUUACAAGCCAAGUUUAUGAACUGUCACCGUUUUUCUUACACAAGGAAUGGAUAAUGGAACAAUGGGAGAAGAACUAUUACAUCAGCUCUAUUGCGGGUUCAAACAAUGGAAGCUCCCUUGUGGUCAUGUCCAAAGGCACCCAAUACACUCAGCAGUCUUACAAAGUAAGUGAUUCUUUUCCCUUCAAGUGGAUAAACAAGAAGUGGAGAGAAGGAUUUUAUGUGACAUCAAUGGCGACUGCUGGAACCCGCUGGGGUGUUGUCAUGUCACGCAAUGCAGGCUUUAGUGAUCAGGUUGUGGAGCUUGAUUUUCUUUAUCCAAGUGAGGGCAUUCACAGAAGGUGGGAUACUGGUUUUAGAAUUACGUCAACUGCUGCAACUUUUGAUCAAGCUGCUCUCAUCUUGAGUGUCCCAAAGCGCAAACCAGGAGAUGAAACCCAGGAAACUUUACGCACAUCUCAAUUUCCAAGCACUCAUGUUAAGGAAAAGUGGGCGAAGAACCUCUAUCUUGCAUGUUUGUGCUAUGGGAGGACUGUUUCUUGA